AUGGAUAUCGCUUUGGAACUUACCGAUAAAUACUUCUUCGAUCAUUUCUAUUCAGCCUUACUACCUGCGAAAUCUCCAUUGUUAAAUGCGAUUGGGGAACAAAUUAACGGGACAACUCUCAAUGCGAAAACAGCUUCAACAUGGCAAUAUCAUCCUUCGAAUUCUUUUUUGCAAUUCGAACCUACCCAUGCUGCAUACACAAGUCAAUGGGAUAGAGAUAAUAUCUAUCGACAAGCUUUCUCAUUGUUCUUGAUUACUUGGAUCGCAGGUGCAGCUCUCUACUUUACAAUCGCGACUCUAUCCUACAUCUUCGUUUUCGACAAAACUACCUUUCAACAUCCUAAAUUCCUCAAAAAUCAAAUUCGCAUGGAAAUCUCCCAGGCUUGCAAUAGUAUGCCAUUGAUGUCUAUCCUCACUACACCUUUCUUCCUCGCAGAAGUAAGAGGUUACUCCAAACUUUACGACCUUACAUCUGAAGGACCUGGUUCAUGGUAUAAUUGGUUUCAAUUCCCACUCUUCCUAGCCUUCACCGAUUGCUUCGUCUACUUCAUCCAUCGAGGUCUACACCAUCCUUCGGUCUACAAAACUCUCCAUAAGCCACAUCAUAAAUGGAUUAUGCCAACUCCAUACGCCUCCAUUGCUUUCCACCCCGUUGAUGGUUGGAUGCAAUCACUUCCUUACCACGUCUUCCCCUUCAUCUUCCCACUUCAGAAAUUCGCCUACCUGGGUCUUUUCUUCUUUGUUCAGAUCUGGACGGUUUUUAUCCAUGAUGGUGAAUAUGUAGCCAAUUCUCCUAUUCUUAAUGGAGCAGCUUGUCAUACUAUGCAUCAUCUUUACUUUAACUAUAAUUAUGGUCAAUAUACGACAUUGUGGGAUCGUCUAGGAGGUAGUUACAGAAAACCUAACGAGGAACUUUUCAGAAGGGAAAGUAAGAUGGGUCAAAAGGAAUGGGAGAGACAAGUUGCGGAAAUGGAAAAACAAGUUUUAGAGGCUGAGGGAGUAGAUGAUAGAGUUUAUGAUGUUGGGGAGAAGAAGAAGAAUUAG